CUCAGAUCAAUGAGCAGAAGCUGAAGGCUUUUCAAGUCGGGCGCAUGAACGUCUCGCAGAAGAAAACACCAUAUGAGCUGGAAAAGGAUAAACGAGAGCGUCGCAAGAAAGAGGAGGAAGCGGCUGCAGCGAAGGUGUUUGAGGAGUUUGUGGAGAACUUUCAACAAGAGGAGAAUGACGGCUAUACUAGCAAAACCUUUGUGCGUGGUAGCACCAUCAAUCCUUCAGCGGUGUACAAUCCUAACGAAGGGGCCAGCAGUCAGGAUCAAGCACCAUCGUUUUACACACUGAAAUCAGCUAAGCCCGUCGCUCAGGAGCCCAAACCUCCCACACGCCCGACCACUGGCAAGAAGUCAAAGGAGCCAAAGAAGCUGAGCAACCUGGAAAUGUUCAAGGAACAACUCAAGAAAGAACAAGAAGAACGAGAACUGCGCAAGGCGAUGCGGGCUGGCGACCCCAAUGCACCCAAACUUGGGCCUUCAGGACCUCCUUUGGACAGUAUAUAUGGUCGACCAGAGGAGAAGCCCGGCUCCAGGGCUGAUGGGGACAUGUCCACGACCAACAUCUACGUGGGCAACUUGGCUGCAACUGCAAAUGAGGAGAUGUUGUGCCGGAUAUUUGGCAAGUAUGGUCCACUGGCGUCUGUGAAGAUCAUGUGGCCCAUGACUCCUGAGGAGAGAGCUAGGGGACGUAAUCCUGCAUUUGUUGCGUUUAUGAACAGGGAAGAUGCUAUGGAUGCCAUGCAUGCCCUGAAUAAUUCAUGUCUGCAUUUGGCAUUCGAGUAA